CGGGGGCGGGCGCGGGGCGGGCGCGGGGCGGAGGAGGCGGCAGCGCGAGGCCGCGGAGGUACCGUCCCUGAGGGCGAGCGGGCGCAGCCGGCGUGCGGCGGGCGGGCCGCGGGCCGGGCAUGGAGCGGUGGGUCGGGGCCGCCGGGGGCUGGGAUGCGCUGUGGGGAGCCGGCUGGGGCCGAUGGCCGUGCUGGGAGCUCCUGGCCGCCUGCGCCGUCAUCGGCGCCGUGGGCUGGCUGCUGCGGCUGCGGGACAGGAGGCCGGGCGGCCGGCGGGCCGCGGCGGCCGCCGCCAUCUCCUCCCCGAUCCCCACGGCGUCCCCGGCUCCCCAGUCCGGCCCGGCGCCGCUCGCCGCGGGGAGCCAGCGCUGCGGCGGGAGCCGCCCAGGUGAAAUAACAAUGGAUACAAUAUUAUCCCGAUUAAAGAAGCUCAGCCACGAUGAGCUUAGAGAAGAGAUUGUGAGAGCAGGACUGAAAUGUGGGCCUAUUACUGCAACCACGAGAUUUAUUUUUGAAAAAAAACUGGCUCAGGCACUGUUGGAGCAGCAAGGAGUGCUGGAGGAGGAAGGGUCUGCUGUGUCAGAGGAGGCUGCUGGAAACGUCCCAGUGAAUCACAGCGGCGCUUCUGAGGAGGCAGACUUUGGGUACUGUGUGGGUCUGAACCCUCCAGAAGAGGAUGCUGUGACACACACGAACUGUUCAGCUCCAGCCUGUGGGGCUGAGUCACAAAUCCCUGCUCAGACACCCUCCAGAGACCCUCCACUGUUCUACGGUGUUUGCCCAGUUUAUGACGACAUACUGGCAAGGAAUGAGAGAAUACAUGUUUAUGAAGACAGGAAGGAAGCUCUCCAGGCUGUUAAGAUGAUUAAGGGUUCCCGUUUUAAAGCUUUUACAAACAGAGAGGAUGCUGAGAAAUUUGCUAAAGGGAUCUGUGAUUAUUUCCCAUCUCCAGGCAAGUCCUCUUUAUGUUUGUCUCCAGUGAAAAUGGGAUCAUUUAACAGAGAUGGCCUGUGCUCCCCUGAGAGCGACACUGCCAAUAAGGAGAGAGCCAACAGCUACAAAAGCCCACGGACCCAAGAUCUCACAGCUAAGCUGCGCAAGGCUGUCGAGAAAGGAGACACAGCAACCUUUUCAGACCUCAUCUGGAGCAACCCUCGCUACCUGAUCGGGUCAGGAGACAACCCAACGAUCGUACAGGAAGGGUGUAGGUACAAUGUCAUGCACGUUGCUGCCAAGGAGAACCAGGCUGCUAUCUGCCAGUUACUGCUGGACACUCUGGAGAAUCCGGAGUUCAUGCGGCUGAUGUACCCCGACGAUAACGAUGCCAUGCUCAAGAAACGCAUCCAGUACAUUGUGGACCUUUACCUGAACACUCCAGAUAAAAUGUGGUUUGAUACUCCGUUGCAUUUUGCCUGCAAGUUUGGGAAUUUGGAUGUGGUUAACGUGCUUACCUCACACCCAGCCAUUGUAAAAAAUCCAAAAAACAAAUAUGAUCAAACUCCAGCAGAAGUAGUUUGUGAAAGAAGCAAGAAUAAAUCUGCAGAAUUGAAAGAAAAGAUAAGAGAAUACUUGAAAGGUCGCUAUUACGUCCCACUCCUGAGGGCAGAAGACAAUUCCUCAGCUCCGGUCAUUGGGGCGCCCUGGUCGCCCGACCAGACGGACGACGGUCCCCAGAGAGCUUGGCCUAAAUUCCCCGGCAGCCCCAAAGACCCAGUGCUGUCCAUCAGAGCCUUUGCAGGCCCCAUGAGCCCCUCAAAGGCUGAAGAAUUUCGCAGGCUGUGGAAGACUCCACCUCGAGAGAGAGCUGGCUUCUUUCACAAUGUCAGGAAAUCUGAUCUGGAGAGAGGUGUUGAAAGAGUUGGAAGGGAGUUAGCUCAUGAGCUGGGGUUCCCGUGGGUUGAAUACUGGGAAUUUCUGGGCUGUUUUGUUGAUCUGUCUUCCCAGGAAGGGCUGAGAAAAUUAGAAGAGUACCUGAGUCAUCGUGCAAUGAGCGAAAAGGCUCAGCCAGAAACAGGGGAAAAUGAAACCUGCAAUAGAUACAAAACUGCACAUCCCUCUGGGAAAAGUAAAAAGUCCUGCAAUUCCAUUUCUGUGGGAGCAUUUUUGGAUGAGGAUGAUGAUGACAUGAGCUUGGAAGAAAUUAAAAACAGACAAAACGCAGCACGAAAUAUCAGCCCCUCCCUGGUGUCCAAGGAGCCCAGCAUAGCUGCCAUUGGAGAUGCUGAGUGUGACAUCCUGUCCAUGGAGUGUGCAGGAAGCAUCAUCGAGACCUCAGCUCACCCUCGGCACUACGAGAAGGGAGCUGCUGCCAGCAGAAAUGGGUUUUGCAGCCCCGUGUCCACUGAAAGGAUCCUCAGUGACAGAAAGCAGCUGCACGAUGGGUCAGAGUGCCUCAUGUCACCCGUGUCCAACUUGAUGUCAGAAUUUGAAAGCCUGUCAUUCCACGAGCAGGAGGUUGCAGGAGUAUCUCAUCAAAUCACUGAAAAAACUGAGAAUGUGGGAAUUCUGAACAAGACCUGCUCUGCAGUGUCAUUGGCAGGUUCUUCUGAGCCAAGUGUUACAGGAAAACAUGGAGAGACCAAGUUAAGGACAGACCACAAAAUAUCAUUAGAAAAGGAGAGAGUGUCCAGAGAAUCUGGAGUUCAGACUAAGGAGACACAACAACGUCAAGAACUUUCUUCCCAGAAGUUUGUUUUGAAGACUUCACCCACAAAUGACAAUUUAAAGUUAUUCCUUCUUGGGGAGCAGCCCUCGAAGCUGGAUGGUGAUGUCUUAGCAGCUAUAGAAGGAGCAGAGAUUGAUCCCCAGAAGUUCCCAAUGAUUAACAAAUGGAAACACGCGGUGCAGUCCUACUCCUCAUCUGACAGGCAAAGUUGGCCGAGUCCAGCACUGAAGACAAGAUUCCGGUCCCACUCCAUCACUGCUGGCCUUCCAAAUGCUCCAGGGUAUCCCAGUUCAGGAAGAAACAGCCCCAUCCCAGGCAGCCCAGGCAAGCACGGCAGCCCUGCCCCAUUCCCACCGGAGCCUGGGAGCCCUGGGCGCUACAGCCCCGCCUGCGUCCUGCGCUAUUUCGCAGAGCCCCCUGCCCACUAAAACACAGCUCAUCAGCCCGGACUCCCGUUCUGAUUUCAUUGUUAGAGUGCAGGAAAAACACCAGUGUUACUGAGGUGACAUGAGGUUUGUACUUGGCUAUUUAUUUCUCCUCAGUUGAGGACAACUGUAUGUUGAAAAAAUGGAAUAUAUGUCUCAAUGCCAUACACGAGGUAGGUUGUUACUGGUGAUAAGCAAGCAGUUUGUGACAGUGCAGUUGUCCAGUAGCUGAAUUAACCCUUGUUGCCAGUACCACAGUGAGCUGAACUGUCCCUUAGCAAUGGUGGUUUUGCCAUCACUGCUUAUCCUCACUGUAAUGAGAACACAGCCCUCAACUGCCUUUCUUGACCUUGGGUAGACAGGAAAUGCAUCAUCAGCAAAUAGAAGGAGAUUGAUGGCAGGCAGUGAAACAUUCCCCCAUUGCAGGGGGUAAAGCCCAAGGCCUGCCUGGGAGUGCAAGGCCAGCGUUGCAGUGUGGAGAAGGGAUGUGGAACUGUGUGUAAGCACAGAGUGUUCCCAGCCAGCCGGGCAGGGCAGUUCACACCCACACCCACCCUCACCUGUGUCCGUGUGUGUGCACAGCCCUGCACAGACACCCUCGAGUCUCUGCCUGUUCUGCGGCUCUGACAGACACUCACAUCUACAGAGUUCAGAAACAGGGCACUGUGGAAACUUGGGAUUCCUGUAAGCGGUAGUGGAAAGAUAUAAGGAAAAGAAAAACUUAAAGAUUAGCUGGUUGUUUUUUCCCCAGAGAAGCUGUUAACACUAGCAGAUUUGAAUAGCUAUUACACAAAAGCACAUCAGCAAUAAUCUCAGCAGAUUUACCAGCAAGAUACCUUACCUUAAUGGUCUAGUGUGUAAUAUAUUAGCAUGGUAGCCAGUGGCCCAGGAGGUGGCUAUUUCCCAGCAGUAAAGAGGGAGAACUAAGGACAAAAUAUGAAAUCUGAGCUUUUACUGUGUCUCUAGUGUUGAUGUGGUAAUGAGUUUUUGUUACGGCAGUCAAUAAUUUUAUUCUGCAGCCUUCUGUAAGAAUGACUUGUUUUGACAGCGUGAUGCUGAGAAUAAGAAAGCUUUCCAAAACUCCAGAGAGUUUUCCAUAUCAAGCCUAGUGCUGAUAAUGUAUGAAAGGCUUCCAGAAACAGCUCUCUAGGCUAAAAAAAAAAAGACCUAUCUACUGUAUAACUGAUCAGAAAAUGAAGCUCUGCAGGGCUGUGCUGGUGGGAAGGGCUGGGUUAGGAGGGCUGGUGCUGCAAGGGAAGGGCACCGCUUUAGCAAACACGGGUGGGGCAGGAGGAGCCGGCCCGGCCCGCCCUGGUCCCUCCCCGCCCCUCCGGGGCCACUCCCGGGCUGCUCACAGGCAGUGACUGUUCUACACAAGCUGCACCCUCACAGGUUCGUGACUGGUACUAACCUAAACACUGCACUUAAUGCUUUGGCAAGCUCAGUAGUGCCUUUUGUAAUAUAUUUUUUUAAUUAAAUUUUUUGUUCUUUUAGAAGUUUUUUAAAAAGAAGUGGCAUCCACUUAGUAUGGGCAGAUAAAAUACAGUUUUUCUCUGGGCUUUCUGAACAGGAUGUCUUUUAAUGUCUCUAAGUUGGAUUAUUUGGUGCGAUAGCUCUCCAUGGGGGGAGAGACUCCUCUUCUAGAAAUUACUCUUUAAAAAAAAAAAAAAAAAAAAAAAAAAAAAGCUUAUUUUGUUCUUUUGUUAAAAUUGAGCCUAGUUCCAUGGAGCUGGACAUUAAGAAGAGUUACUUGACAUAAAUGCCUCUCAUUCAGUCAUAUUCCAGACAAGCACCAGGGGCCUGGGGUUGUCAUACUUUAGGAACCAUGUUGGAAAAAAAAAACCCCAGAACCAAAAACACAACCUUCUGUUACCAAGUAUAUUAACUGACCUUUUUCGUAAGGGUUUCUUCUUGUUUUUAAUUUUUAUGUAGCAGGCUCCAUGGUCUCAAAUAUUUUAAGGUCCCACAUACCCCCAGUUUUACUCCAAAAGGUUUGAGAUCGGCUUUUUUCUUUUUGCUGGUUGGUUGCGUUUUUAAAAUAAUUUAAUAUAAAUUACAUUUUUAUCAUUCUGGAGAAAUUGAUCAGCUGCUGUAAUUGCCUAACACCAUGUUAAAGCCAAACUGUUGGGGUAAGUGCUGUGGGUGCAGCUGCUGUUCUCCACCCUGCUCCUUCAGAGCUGUGGCAGAGCAGCGUUGCCCUUUUGCUAAGAGUUUGUUACUGAGCCAGGAGACUGACACUAACACUCUAGUUCUUUGUCCUUUUUACCUUUAUUAUGCUUUGCUUUAUUUUUUUUAAUAUUUAAUUGUAUGUUACUGAUAUGUACAUGUAGCCAGACACCCCCCACAUGCACCCCUCCACCCACACACCUUUUCCUUUCACUUUGUAAUGUUGUUUUGGUUCAGUCAGGAGAGUAUGUUUUUUAACUGUGUUAUAUAUAAUGUGCAUUAGUCCAGUUGUACUGCACUUAAGAGGUCAUUUUUCUAACAAUGUGUUACUUCAGCUAUGACAGAAAUAGCAAUUUAUGUAGGGAUUUGGUCAUUUGUGAUUUUGUGAAGAAAGCCCUUUAACACUGAGCCUGUGGAGACACUUUAAAUCAGACUGAUAGUGCUUGAAUUGUGUUUUCUUGGCCAAAAGUUCACUUUUAAAGGUGCAAAAAAUUAGUUGUGUUUUUUUGUUGGUUGUUUUUUAAUUAGCAAAGUGUCAUGUUAAAAAUACAAAAGUAUCCCACUUUCUAUUAAAAUCAAAUGAAUAGUUGAAAUGUCA